CCCGAUACAGAACAAGCCAUUUCCCCUCUCCCGAUACAGGACAAGCCAUUUCCCCUCUCCCGAUACAGAACAAGCCAUUUCCCCUCUCCCGAUACAGGACAAGCCAUUUCCCCUCUCCCGAUACAGGACAAGCCAUUUCCCCUCUCCCGACACAGGACAAGCCAUUUCCCCUCUCCCGACACAGGACAAGCCAUUUCCCCUCUCCCGACACAGGACAAGCCACAUCACCUAUCCCGAUACUGGACGACAUAGACCCUUAUCCCGAUAGUGGACCAGCUAUAAUCUAUCCUGAUACAGGAGCAUCCUACCGAAUCACGAUCUGUGAUAGAACACAUCCCAGCAUAAGGAAACCGACAAGAUGCCCGAGGAUAUCAAAACUCUUCCUGGUCAGGCGAUGGAGGAAGAAGUGGAGACAUUUGCAUUUCAGGCAGAAAUUGCCCAACUUAUGUCUCUUAUCAUAAAUACCUUCUACUCCAAUAAGGAAAUCUUCGUACGAGAAAUUAUCUCCAACUCUUCUGAUGCUCUGGAUAAAAUCCGCUAUGAGAGUCUGACUGACCCGAGUAAAAUGGAUUCUGGCAAAGAACUGAAAAUUGACUUGAUUCCAAACAAACAGGAUCGCAGCAUCACAAUUAUUGACACUGGCAUUGGGAUGACCAAAGCAGAUCUUAUUAACAACCUGGGUACUAUUGCAAAAUCUGGAACCAAAGCUUUCAUGGAGGCUCUGCAAGCAGGGGCUGAUAUUUCCAUGAUUGGCCAGUUUGGUGUUGGCUUCUACUCAGCCUACCUUGUUGCAGAGAAAGUUACGGUGAUCACCAAGCACAAUGAUGACGAGCAGUACGCCUGGGAGUCUUCAGCUGGUGGAUCAUUCACUGUCAGAUUAGACAACAGCGAGCCAAUUGGCCGUGGCACAAAGGUUAUUUUGCACCUAAAAGAAGAUCAGACAGAAUAUUUGGAGGAAAAGAGAAUAAAAGAAAUUGUAAAGAAACACUCACAGUUCAUUGGAUAUCCAAUAACUUUGUAUGUGGAAAAGCAACGAGAGAAGGAGAUCAGUGAUGAUGAAGGCGAAGAUAUAGCAGAAGACAAAAAGGUGGAUGAGAAAGUGGGAGAAGAAGAAAAGCCUGAAAUUGAGGAUGUGGGCUCUGAUGAGGAGGAGGAUGAAAAGAAAGGGGGAAAGAAGAAGAAGACUAAGAAGAUAAAAGAAAAGUAUAUUGAUCAAGAGGAACUGAAUAAGACCAAGCCCAUCUGGACCAGAAAUCCUGAUGACAUUACUGCGGAGGAGUACGGAGAAUUCUACAAAAGUUUGACAAAUGACUGGGAGGAUCACCUGGCUGUUAAACAUUUCUCUGUAGAGGGACAGUUAGAAUUCCGGGCGCUGUUGUUCGCCCCACGAAGAGCAGCAUUUGACCUGUUUGAGAACAAAAGGAAGAAAAAUAACAUAAAAUUGUAUGUGCGUAGAGUCUUUAUCAUGGACAGCUGUGAGGAACUGAUCCCUGAAUAUCUCAAUUUCAUGAAAGGAGUGGUGGAUUCUGAGGAUCUACCUCUGAACAUAUCCCGUGAGAUGCUCCAGCAGAGCAAAAUCCUCAAAGUGAUCAGGAAGAACUUGGUGAAAAAAUGUUUAGAACUAUUUACUGAGCUGGCAGAAGACAAAGACAACUACAAAAAGUUUUAUGAACAGUUUUCCAAGAAUAUAAAGCUUGGAAUUCACGAAGACUCACAGAAUCGUAAGAAAAUGUCUGAACUUUUACGUUACUUUUCCUCCGCUUCUGGAGAUGAGAUGAUCUCACUCACAGAUUAUGUCUCACGCAUGAAGGAAAAUCAGAAACACAUCUAUUAUAUCACAGGGGAAUCAAAGGACCAGGUGGCUAAUUCAGCCUUUGUGGAAAGACUUCGGAAACACGGUCUGGAGGUGCUGUACAUGACGGAGCCUAUUGACGAGUACUGUAUCCAACAACUGAAAGAAUUUGAUGGGAAAACAUUGGUUUCCGUCACUAAAGAAGGUAUGGAACUUCCUGAAGAUGAGGAGGAGAAAAAGCUAAAAGAGGAGAAAAAAGCCAAGUUUGAGAAUCUCUGCAAGUUAAUAAAGGACAUUUUGGAUAAGAAAAUAGAGAAGGUGGUGAUAUCAAAUCGUUUGGUUGAAUCCCCUUGCUGUAUAGUGACCAGUACAUAUGGUUGGACUGCCAACAUGGAGCGUAUCAUGAAGGCUCAGGCCCUUAGAGACAAUUCGACAAUGGGUUACAUGGCUGCCAAAAAACACCUGGAGAUCAACCCAGAUCAUUCAAUCAUUGAGACACUGAGGCAGAAAGCUGAGGCUGAUAAGAAUGACAAGUCUGUAAAGGAUCUAGUAAUUCUUCUCUUUGAAACUGCACUCCUGUCAUCUGGAUUCAGCCUGGAAGAUCCACAGACACAUUCUAACCGCAUUUACAGAAUGAUCAAACUUGGCUUAGGAAUUGAUGAAGAUGAGUCCAGUCUAGAAGAACAGGCAAGUCCAGUACUGGAGGAACUGCCACCCUUGGAAGGAGAAGAGGAUUCAUCUAGAAUGGAAGAAGUUGAUUAAUUUUGCUGACGACUUUACUCCUAUUCACUGUUGCUGGUGUUAUCAGAUGUGAAUAUCUUUCCUAGAACUAUUGAAUAUACAUCUCCUGAGGAGAGUGCCUGACUAUAAGAUUUUCUUAUAAAAUAAAAAUUUUUGGGCUAUGUGUUUAUUAAUAUGUCCUCAGCUGGAACUGUUAGUUGCCAUAGAGAAGAAUGUAUAGAUUAUUGCAGUAUUUCACAAAUGCACCUUUUAUUGUUUUUGUAUUUUAGUUUGUGUGAUUGGUUUAUGGGUUUUUGUGUGAUGUAUCUGCUGCCAAAUUAUUUAAGAUUGUUA